GAAAUACAGAAAUCAUAUAAUGUCAAUUAAGGUGUGGCUACGCAGGCUACAAUAUAAAUUCUCGACGCCCAUUGGUUCGAGCGCUAUAUCACGUGGUCAAAUACGUAGUUGAUUGGUGUUAUGACAGAUUGAAAACAAAGAUUCUAGAAAAUAACAGAACAGGAGGAAAUUUUCACCAUCAUAAACGGCGAAAUUAGGGAAUAUUUCGGUACAUGAUCAAACAAUGGAUAUUACCAACGUAUAUUUAAACUAUUGAGGAAGAUGGAGUUUGAUGCGUGCAAAGUUCAUGGAAAACCUCCAAAGAAAAGAAGAGUCCGAUAAAUCAUUCCCUGAUUUCAGGAAGCAAGCUCUCAUCAAUUCACUUAUACUUAAGAUGGGUACAAACUUUGAUCAGUGCCUCAUGGCAGAACUUCAGGCUAACCCAGCAAGUCCCAAUACGAUGCAUUUAUAUGAACAAGAGAAACGAGACAUGAGCUCCUGCUACCCCUCUGUCUCACAAAUCAGUCCUACAGUCCAUAUGGAUAGUCCUUGUGACUUUGACCUAAAGCCCAAGUUUGAAUAUGACAGUUUAACAGAUGAGCUUUUUAACGAUAGUCUUUCCCAGUAUUUGUUCUGUGAAAACAGCAGAGAUAAUUUUGAAAUUGAUGCAACAUCAGAUCUGUUAAGAAUGGAAGAUAUUUUCCAAGUUGAUUCCCAAGAUGCCAAUCAAGGACCAACACUUGCCGAGUUGAAUUCCCCACAUCAAAUCACAGAUAUCACAUCAAUGAUCAAACGCGAGAAAAGCAAGGAGUUACCAGUUCAGUCAAUAAGCCAAAGCAUCCCAAUGUGCAGUCUUACCCCCUGUAGUGUUAUAUCUGGCAGUAUUAUCCCUAGUACUGUCAACUCAAUGAGUUGUGGUGGGAAGGAACCCUCUUCCACCAUCACAAGCAUGGAGAGCAUGGACAUAUCAAUGCUUAAGGUAUCAGAUGCCACAGACAGUUCAGUUACCAGUAAACAGAAAUGGGAGCAGUCUAUCAAAUCAUGGGCAGAAAAUAAAGAUGCUGAAAGAACAACCCAAGAUACAUCAAUUCUGAGACGUAGUCUUAAACGUCCUCUAAAUGACGAUCAGUACCAAUUUAAAGGUGUUAAAGUCGCCAAGAAGGACUCUCCCAAAGGCGUGACAAUUCUCAAACAAUCAGAUUCAAUUGAGAGGAGUGACGAGGAAGAUGAAGAAGUUGAUGAAGGAUUUGACAGUGACCUGAAUGAAGAUGAGGCUAUCAAUGUUGCUGAUGAUACUUCAGAUGAUGAAGAUUCAAUAAUAAGUGGGAAAAGCCAGGAGCAUCAUGAUGAUGAGCCCCUAUACCCCCGCCCCACUAAUCAAUACUUCUGGCAGUACAAUCUGCAGUCAAAGGGACCCAAAGGAAAACCCCUAAAGAUGGCGCUGCAGCAUACUGACCCACAUGACAUUGGCAAUUUCCAAGAUCCUGUGUUCUCAAGACUUGAAAAAACAGCAGGAAUUAAAGUGAAGCAUUCUGGGAAGGCGAGAAAGGGAGAUGGAACAGAUGUCCGUGCAAGCCCAAAGAAGCUGUAUCAAAUUGGUAAUGAGCUUAAGAAGUUGAACAAAGUGAUUAAUGAUAUGGCUCCUGUCAGUGAACUCCCAGCCAAUGUAAGGCCAAAGACAAGAAAGGAGAAAAAUAAGCUAGCCUCAAGGGCAUGUCGACUGAAGAAGAAGGCACAUCAUGAGGCUAACAAGGUGAAGUUACAUGGUCUCGAUCAGGAGCAUCAAAAGCUGUUGUUCGUGCUGUCUCAAAUAAAGGAGGAGAUACAAGACCACAAUUUGAACCCCCUACCCUCCUCUCCCAGAAUCCCAAGAGAGAGCAUGAUUCACAAACUUGACUCCCUUAUCAAGGCAAACUUGGGUCAUAUGAUAGCAGGCCACACCCAGGAGUAUGUGAAUAGCGUCAUAGAGAAGGUUCGCUUGGGAGACCCCAAAGGUGGCCUCAGAAUAUAACUAGACUAGAUCUGCUCUUGGGCCCCAAAUGGUGUCUAGAAAUAUGGACACAAUGACUUGAUUUAUCAGGGGACCCUUAAUGGCAUCUUCAAAUAGAUCUGUUUGGAGGAUCCCAAAUGAGGUCUUGGACUAUGAACAUAGAUUAUUAUAAAGAAAAGAAAAAAGAGCCAAAUACGAGGAGUUUGCAGGAAUGUGUUUUAUAAAAUUAAUGCUUGCCAUGUUGUUAACAAACUAUAUAUGGGCCAAAAAGUGCAGUGAAAUUAAGAUACAUAGCGUGCAUGUAGAGUAUAUAAAAGUGCUACCUAUGUACAUGUAUAUAGUCAUAAACUUGAUGUUGGUGAUGAUAUAAUAUUGGACUAAAGAUCCUCUUGAUGCAUAUGCUGGACAGGUCAGAGGAUCAUAAGUGCGGUUGACUUAUUUGCACCCGAUGUACAAAUGAAAUGACUGAGAUUACUCUGAGCUCAAUGAUACCCUCUGAUAACAACCUAUCAUGUUAAUGAACAGUGUUCAACUAGAGAGUACUGCAGAG